AUGUCUUUGAGCCGAUUGCCGCUCGAAUUAAUCCUUAUGAUCGCUCGCUUCCUUCGUUGCCAUAGAGAUAUCAGCUCUUUCAUGCGCUCUACCCGGACAUUCUACCAUCUGGUACAUCCCAUCCUAUGUCGCUUCAAUGCACGCAACCACCGCAGCAGUGGGUUGCUAUUCGCAGCCACCAACGGCCUUACCGACUUGGUGGAGAAACUCUUUGCUGCCGGCGCCAGCAUUGAAGCAUCCGACCGGACAAAUGACUCUCGCGAAUAUGAAUUGAGGGUUGACGGAUCCUUCACCAAACCAGGCAACCCCAUCCUCGCCGCUGCCUAUCAUGGCCACCCUGCAACCGUCAAAGCCCUGCUCAGCGAAGACCGACCGGGUCAAUCAUACGUAAAGCCCCAACUGCGCCCAGUUCUCCACUGGGCGCUUCGCUCUCAGAAGAUCGAGAUCGUUGAUUUGAUGCUUGCAGAAGGGGCUGGGCUAGGUCCGCCACAUAACAUUGAUAGUAUUUAUGAGGAAGUAUGUAUGAAACAGAACACUGCUCUUGGUGUUGCCAUUUGUUCGGGCUGCAGCAACGAGAUCAUUGAGCGACUUUUGCAGAGGGGCGCAGAGGUUUUGGAAUAUGAGAGGCCCCACCCUUGGUACGAAGCGACCGUGCAGCGUGAAGGUCAAAUGCUUCAACUACUGCUCAAGCAUGGUCGCCGACCCAAGUCGGACAAAGUUCUAGGUGAGCUAGCGAUGCGAAGUAACGAUACUAGUGCGCUGGCGCGAAUGACAGACCCCGCGAAUGGAGGAUUGGAUAUCCGUGUUCAUGGCCAUCCAGCAUUGUUCACGGCCGUCGAAAAGGGGCACUUUGACAUGGUCAAGUACUUGAUUGCGCAUGGAGCAAAUCCGAAUCUCCGGUGCAACUACUACGAAUGGCGUGGGCCUUACAGCACGGUCUGGGCAGCGGUGCAGGCCCGGCGCAUGGAUAUCUUGGACUACCUCGUGACCGAGCAGGGUGUUCGUCCAGACGAGCAGGACCUCCAGCAGGCCGUUAAAAUGGAAUUUGAAGAAGCUGUUACGUUCCUAUCCUCACACGACUACCAAAAUGUGCCGGAAAAGAAGGACAUCCCAUCUUACGUGGCAGUGAUGAAGCGGAAGAUGAAGUUGAAGCGGGUGCCUGGCUUCGACAUCGUGACUCGCUCGCCUCUCCGGUGUCCAACCAGUGAAGCAGAGUGGUAUUUCAUCGAGCGCCCUGGCACUCCGGAGUGGCACUAA